AUGCCAGAGCCCGCCCCCGACGCCGCAGCCGCUGCCGCCGGCCCCGCAGCCCCUACCCCAGCGCCGCCCCGUCGCCGCUGGCGGAUCUUCGGCUCCGCGCUGCCGGGUGCGGCGGGGCACUUCACGCGGGGCCAGCUGGCAGCGCUGGCAGAGUGCCUGCCCCAGGGUGCGCUCAAGCACGUCGAGCUUGAUCAUAAGGUGCGCAAGGCCGAGGGCGACGGCUAUGGCGCCUGGUGGGAGGCACGCGCGCCGUCAACCGCCCCGCCCCCAGCGGCCCCCAUCACGACGGCCUCGAGCGGCGCGCGGCCGCCGCCCGCCCCCUUGGGCGACCGGCGCGCGUGGCUCCUGGCCAGUGUCGGCCUGCGUGCGCAGGGCGCACUGGCGCGCCUCCUGCAUCCGCCGCAGGCGCCCGCGGGGCCGCCAGCGGACAGCGGUGCCGCCGCGCAGCCGUCAAGCUUAACUGCUGUGCGGAGCUCACAGGGCGCCGCAGACGAGUCCAUUGGCGCCAGCGCCGGCUCACCGCCCCCUGUCUCGAUCGGCCCGCAAGACCACCCCGGCGCUGCCGCCGCGCCGCCCCCCGGCGCCGCAGAGGGCGCCGCGGCCGUGGCGUACAACGUGAGCCGUGCGUCGGGCGCCGGCGGCAUGCGGGCGCUGUGGAACCUUGACCGGCUUGACCAGCGGGCGCUGCCGCUGGACGGCGUUUUUGGGCGGCCCGACAGUGGCAGCGGCGUCACCAUCUACACUGUAGACAGCGGCAUCAACCCGCACCACCAAGAGUUUGGGGGCUGGGACGGCGCGGGCGUCACGCGCGCGUCCCAGGGGCCAAACAUCAUCUGCGACGACCCCAACCCCAGCGGCGCCGCCUCCAACGACUGCGACGGCCACGGCUCGCACGUCGCGUCCACGGCUGUGGGCCGCGGCGUGGGCGUGGCCAGCAGCGCGCGUGUGGUGGCGGUCAAGGUGCUGGACUGCCAGGGGGAGGGCUCCAUCAGCGACGUGGUCGAGGGCCUGGACUGGGUGGCCGCCAACGCGCGCAAGCCUGCCGUGGUGACGCUGUCCCUGGGGGUGCCCAGUGGCAACUGGUCGGCGGCACUGGAGGAGGCGGUGCGGGCGGUGGUGAGAAGCGGCGUGACGGCCGUGGUGGCCGCGGGCAAUAGCCAGGUGGAUGCCUGCACCAUCGCGCCCGCCAGCGUCGACGAGGCCGUGACCGUCGCCGCCACAAACCUGCCAUCCAAGUUUGGCGCCCCGCAGCCGGGCGACAUUGAGACGCUCUACUCCUGGGGCAACACGGGGCCCUGGUGA